AAAGCCACGUGAUCCCGGCGACUACUUAAGAUGAAGCUUGUGGCGCGCUUCUGGCAGUGCGAGUUGUUCGAGUUCAGGCGUGUGUGUCGUUUCAUCAAAUAUACAAAACCCUAAACGAGCAUAGAGAUGAGUUCCAUCCGCAAAAUGAAAUCCUCUGACAAGAGCUCUGAGAACAUCAAGAGCUUCUUUCAAGCACCGGCCACUGGUUCUGGACCCACGAGGAGAACCCUCCAGGCACUGCAGCCCUCCGCUGUCCAUAAGAACGUCAAAAGAACCGUUGAGGCGGGUAAGGUGGUUCCCAAACGGAAGCUAUGGAACGCAGACCAGGUGAAGGGUUCCAAGAGGCUGAAGGCGGAGGUGGCGAUGAGGUCUGCAGACUCAGAGAAUGACAUCAUCCCAGAGGGGGUCUCCCAAGAGGCCUAUGAGCUCAUGAUCAAAGAAUCCCCUCCGUCGUCCUACUGGAAGGAAGUGGCUGAGGAGCGGCGUAAGGCCCUGUACGACGUCCUGCAGGAGAACGAGAAGUUGCAUAAAGCCAUCGAGUCCAAAGACGAGGAGAUCGCCCUGCUGAAGAGUGAGAACACGGAGCUGCAGGAGCUGGCCCAGCACGUGCAGCACAUGGCCGACAUGAUCGAGAGGUUAACGGGAAAGAGUCCAGAUAACUUGGAAGACCUGAGAGACCUUUCCUUUGAUGCUGAGGAAGAGGAUGGUGAAGAGGAAGACGACUGCGAGGAACUCGAGGAAGAUGAGGCACAAAGCGAGGACGAGGAAGAUGAGGCACAAAGCGAGGAAGAGCAAGAUGAGGCUGAAAGCGAGGACGAGGAAGAACAUUGUAGUUCUGAGCCAUCGUCUGCAGAGCCCAGCAGAAAGGAGUAGGACUGGACUAAGAGCUGGACGAGGACUGAUGUGGAUCAUACUGAGAACCAGAGGGCUGGACCAUCAUGAGCCCAGGACCCCCGAGAGGCCCGGAGGCCUCCGCUCGCAGUAAUACGUGCAAUUACCCAUGAUGCAUUGUUAAAAUGAGGCAUGGUGUUUUUUAUAAU